GCAAAACCCCAAGCCUCCUUCCUACGAUGGCCUCUCGUGGGCGCGGUGGUGGCGGAGGGAAAGGCCCUAGCGGUGGGCGGGGCGGUGAAGGCAGGGGGCGGGGGAUCCGUGGCGGGGGAGGUUACCAUCACGGCGACGAUGGAGGCGGCGAACGCGGAGGCAGAGGCGACCCGGGCCGAGGGCGCGGGGUCGGCGGUCGUGGCCGCGGUCCCGGAGGCCGAGGUGUCGACGACCACCAGCAGCAGCCGCCGCCGCUCGGGAACACAGAGGGCGGAGGCCAGGGCCGCGGCGGCAUGGCGGUAGCGGUACCGCCAGCCCGCCCCGCCGCGCCCUGUCCUCUAGCGCCGGACGCCGCUGCCCCGGCAUUUCCCGCAGCAGCGGCCUCGUCUUCUGCGCAAGCGCCUCGAGCCCCCACCGAGGCGGCUGGAGCUGCCUUGGCGGAUGGCAUGGGGAAGUUGGCCGUGGCGGACGACCGGCCCGCUGCUCCUCCCGUGCCCGCAGGUAAACCCGUCGCGCAAGGUCCCGCGCACCAGCCCCAGGAGGCUCCGCCACUCUCGAGGAAGAGGAUCGUGCCGCCGCCCCGCCCCGGUUUAGGCACGUCUGGGAGAAAGCUGGCGGUUCGCGCGAACCACUUCUUUGUCGAGGUGUCCGUGAACGACAUCUUCCAUUACGACGUUUUAAUCAAUCCUGAACCAAAAGCAAGAAAAACCAACAGGAUGCUGCUCUCAGAGCUUGUCAAGAUACAUGGCGCGACAUCUCUCGCCCACAAGACACCUGCAUAUGAUGGAAGCAAGAGCCUGUACACUGCAGGCGAGCUGCCGUUCAAAUCAAUGGAGUUUGUUGUCAAGUUGGGGAAGGCGGGCCGAGAAGUUGACUACAAGGUGACAAUCCGAUACGCGGCACGGCCUAACGUGUACCAACUUAAGCAAUUGAUCAAUUCUCAGCUAAGGAACACGCCAUUUGACGCAAUCCAAGCACUGGAUGUUGUCUUGAGAGAGUCGCCUUCUCUCAACUAUGUAACUCUUUCUCGAUCCUUCUUCUCCAAGAAGUUCGGUGAUGACGACAUUGGCGGUGGGCUAGAGUGCUGGAGAGGAUAUUACCAGAGCUUGCGUCCAACUCAAAUGGGCCUCUCAUUGAACAUUGAUACAUGCUCGACUUCAUUUUACCAACCUAUCGAUGUGGUAAAAUUUGUUGCCGAUUGUCUCCAGCUGACAAACCCUGGCCAACCUUUUUUGGACAGGGAUCGUUUAAAGCUUAAGAGAGCCCUGCGCGGAGUUCUUGUUGAGACUGAACACCAGCAGGGAAAGAGAAGCAUCUACAGGAUAACUGGGAUUACUUCUGUUCCAUUGGCUCAACUGAGCUUUUCUUGUAACGAAGGCCCUCAGCUGACUGUUGUUGAGUACUUUGCACAACGGUACAAUGUCCAGCUGCGCUACACUGCUUGGCCCUGCCUGCAGUCGGGCAAUGAUUCUAAGCCGAUAUAUUUACCAAUGGAGGUGUGCAAAAUCAUUGAAGGGCAGAAGUACCCUAGGAAGCUCAGCGACACACAGGUGGCCAACAUACUGAAGGCAACCUGUAAACGUCCUCAGGAUAGGGAGGAGAACAUUAUUAAGAUGGUUCGCCACAACAACUAUUCUGCUGAUAAGAUGGCACAGGUGUUUGGGAUCACUGUGGCCAACCAGAUGGCUAAUGUGCAAGCCCGUGUUCUGCCUCCACCUAUGCUGAAAUACCACGAAUCUGGAAAGGAGAAAACCGUUGCACCAAGCUUGGGGCAAUGGAAUAUGAUUAACAAGAAAAUGGUCAAUGGUGGAACCAUUCACAGCUGGACUUGUCUGAGCUUUUCGCGGAUCCCGCUUCGUUUGGUAGACGAAAUAUGCCAUGAAUUGGUUCAAAAGUGCAAUUCCAUUGGCAUGAGUUUCAAUCCAAGGCCGGUGACAGAAGUUCAGAAAGACUCACACAACAACAUAGAAGCUGCUUUAAGGGAUGUUCACAGGAGGGCUCCGAAUCUGCAGCUGCUUAUUGUGAUUCUUCCAGAUGUUACUGGUUAUUAUGGGGAAAUUAAGAGGAUGUGCGAGACUGACCUUGGUAUAGUAUCUCAGUGCAUCAAUCCGAAGAAGAAUAGAAACAAGCAGUAUUUUGAAAAUCUUGCCCUUAAAAUCAAUGUGAAGGCUGGAGGGCGCAAUACAGUGCUUGAGAGAGCCUCUGUGCCUAAUGGGAUACCUUUUGUCUCAGAUGUGCCAACAAUCAUUUUUGGUGCUGAUGUUACCCAUCCUACAGCAGGAGAAGAAUCCUCGGCUUCUGUUGGAGCUGUGGUUGCAUCCAUGGACUGGCCACAGGUCACAACAUAUAAAGCUCUGGUCUCGGCACAAGCACACAGGGAAGAGAUUAUACAAAAUCUCGGCGGAAUGAUAAGGGAGUUGCUGAUUUCGUUCUAUAAGAGGACUGGCAAAAAGCCCAAAAGGAUUAUAUUUUACAGGGAUGGAAUAAGUGAAGGACAAUUCAACCAUGUUUUGCUCCUUGAAAUGGACGCGAUAAGGAAGGCUUGUGCCUCUCUGGAAGAUGGGUAUCUACCCCCAGUGACAUUUGUCGUAAUACAGAAAAGGCACCACACAAGGCUCUUCCCUGGAGUUCAUGGAAGGAGAGAUGUUACUGACAGAAGUGGGAACAUUCUUCCUGGAACUGUGGUUGAUACCGAGAUUUGUCAUCCGCGGGAGUUUGAUUUCUACCUUUGUAGCCAUGCUGGAAUUCAGGGAACCAGCAGGCCAAUACACUAUCAUGUCCUCUACGAUGAAAACCGUUUCUCGGCUGAUGGGCUGCAGAUACUCACAAACAGCCUGUGCUACACAUACGCACGAUGCACGCGCGCUGUCUCAGUUGUUCCACCAGCCUACUACGCUCACCUGGCAGCAUUCCGCGGGAGGUACUACGACGAACAAGGUAGCAGCCCCGCCCCCGAUGGAACCUCAGUUGUCGGUGGCGAUGCCGCUGCAGCCGGUGAUGAUCCACCUGCGUGCCGCAGGCUCCCCCAGAUCAAGGAGAAUGUGAAGGAAGUGAUGUUCUUCUGCUAGUUGCUCAGCGCGAGCUGCAUGUCUUGAUUCAGGCUGCCUCAAUAUACAAGAGGCCUUUUUUUUGUGAUAAACUGGUAUCGAUGGUUGUCCUGAC